AUGUCUGCUCCCCUCAUUCUUGGAGCUGUUUGUAGGACAUGGAGACGUAUUGUCUGGGCCACGCCCCGCCUUUGGAACGUCAUCUUCUUCGACCUCUGGUUCGAGGGCUGCGACACAAUAGCACGAAAGGAACUUCUGGAAGAGUGGCUGUUGCGUUCUGGCCAUCGACCCCUGCACAUAACAAUCGGGACGAAUGAAGCCGUACCUGAUGAGUCGGAAGAGGCUUUGUUGCCGUUCAUUGACGUUCUCAACGCAUACGCAGACCGGUGGAGGACCUUGAAAGUUUGCACCACGGUUUCCGGAGUCCUUGCAAGACUACGUGGUGGCGAGAUGCCGCUGGAUGGUUGCGGUCUUUCGGAAUUGGAUCUUGAGUUGCACGAUGAAGAGAUGUGGCCGCUCGUGAUCAACUUGACAUCCGUGACUCCUCGUCUCCGCAAGCUGAGAAUCCACGGACUUGACCACUACUCCCUCGAGGUCAAUUACCAAUUCCUCACACACCUCGCAACCGAAUAUUUCGGUGAAGAUGAUUGCGUCGAAAUCAUGCGCCGUGCACCGCUUCUCAUCGUCUGCGAGUUCAGGUCCAUGCUAGAACCGUGUGACGAGGAUGCACCCCAAAGCGUCGUCGUGUGUCAAAAUCUCCGGAAGCUGGUUAUCGAGGACGGCGCUUCCGAACAGCUUGCCCCGUUCUUCGGGAGGAUCCAACUCCCAAGGUUAGAAGAACUCACGAUCUCGACAGACACGUACUGGCACACGGAUCAAAAACUCGACCUCGCCGCUUUCUUCGACCGGUCGCCAUGUCCAUUACAAUCUCUCAUAUUGGGCAACAUCGAGUCAAAUGCCCAAGAUAUCCAAAAGAUGCUCGCAAAAGUGCCGACACUGAAGAGGUUCUUUCUCAGCGCAAGGCAGGAAACCGACAUGGCGGUGCGCGAUGCCCUGUAUGCUCUUGCGGGUCGCUUUCAAUCGAUCGUUCCCGACGGCCACCUCGAACCCACCACCCCAUUGGUGUCCCAACUUGAGUCGCUCAGCUGCAGCAGCAAUCUCGGGACGUUCAAAUGGGACGUUCUCCCAAAAAUGUUUGGCCUGAACGUUGGGAACCACGUUCAUUCCGAUAUUCAAGCGUCGCUCCGCAAUGUUGACUUGUUCCUCUUCGACGAUGACGAGAUCGGCGUCAUGGACCGCGACACCCUCCUUCGCUGCCUGCGUCUGUGCCGCGCCGGGGCCAGGAUAGAGAUUAAUCCUGAUGUCAUCCUGUGGUCCGCGGUGGAACAUUGCAGCAUAAAUAUAUACAACGAAUAG